CUUGCUUGUGCACAGUGCGUAGUUUAUGAUGCUGCUUUCUCAGGGGGGGAAAAAGAAAAUAAUAAUAAUAAUAAAAAAAGCAGUUAUAGUUCUUCAAGUUCUAUAAUCUAAAUUCUAAACUAACAGCUCUGGCUUGGUGCAUAGUCACUCACUCACUCACUCACUCACUCUUUCACGGAGUAAUCAGCAUAUGAAGAUGGAUCACCCUUUACAUUUCACGAUCCAUCGCAAAACUACUACAAACUGAGUGAAACUGCGACCACUCAACAAAACCCUAAAACGACGACGUUUACAAAACCAAACCCUAAUUCUCAAUUUCCCCGGUUUCAGAAUGAUUCAUGGUGGUGAUCAUGCAACAACAGCAGCAGAACCCCUCUGCACUGGUUCCACCGCCGCAGCCGCCGCCGCCGCAACACAUCAACAACGCUCAGUCCUCAGCUUCCUCCGCCUCCGCCGCCGCUACAGCUGUCACCUCCCUUAGGUCACCCUCCUCCUCCGCCACUGCCGUUGGACACUCUCAACUAUCUUCGCCUUCCUCUCUUGCUCCCGUUCCCAUUCAGCAGCGGCAACCCUUGCUCUCCUCAGUGCCGCUGCCACCUGACCAUGCUGUUGGAGCGGUGGUUCCCAUCGCUGCAGCUCUGCCGUCCGGUGCUGGUGACCCCCCGGUGGUGUCAGUGACGUCUCCACUGGCGAGAGUCCGGCUAUCGGACAUUGCGCCUUACGACGGGGCACCGGCGGGGCCCUAUGUUAGGGCUGUGGAAGCUUUGUCUGGGUCGCUGAUGAGGCACAAUGCGGCCUUGAUCGAGUUGGGGAGCGAGGAUUCGGCUCUGAUGCGGUGCGGGUUGGAAGGUUCAAGAUUGUUCUUCAGGAGCAGGGCUCAAUUGGGUGAUGGGAAGGGAAGCCGUGGGGUUUACAUGUACAGAGCAGGAAGGGCUUUCGAGGAUUGGGAUUCAUCUCCACCUUGUAUGGCUGAUAUUUUUAGGUGCAUGGGAAAGGCGUCUCGAUCUGCUUUGUGUGCCAUUGCCAGGCAUCUGCGCCUCCGAAGCGAUGUUUUUAACCAUUUGCUUGAUGAUGCUCCCUUGCCUGCUAAUGAGGUAUCUUCAUCAGUUCUUGUUGCCACUCACUCACAUUCUUCUUUGCAAAAUGGAAAAGGGGCUAUUGGAGGGGGAAAGCCUACUGUCAAUGGAGAAGUGGAGAAGGGAUUGUUGACAUUGAUAUCUACAGACACUCCUGGUCUUCAGGUAUGUGACCCCAAUGGCCGCUGGUAUCUGGCAGACAGUGGGUCUGGGCCAGGGGAUCUUUUAUUGAUAACUGGCAAGGCACUUAGCCAUGCUACUGCAGGCCUACGUCCGGCUGCAUCAUAUAGAGCUUCUCCUGAUUAUUUUCUAGGUUCUAAUAGUGGAGGAAGGACUUCUCUUGCUUAUAGACUCAUGCCACAGGGAAAUGCAAUAUUAGAUUGUUCUCCAAUUGCAGCAGCUGGCCAUGUUAUACCCCAAAGCUAUGUUCCAAUAUCUGUUAGCCAGUUUAUGGAUGACCUGGCUACUGAAGAACUCAUAGGUAGCAGAAGCGAUAAUGAUGAUGUUGCUCAAGACAAUGUGAAUAAGGAUCCCUCAUUACGAAGUGUUCUAUCAGAUCCAUUAUCUGGUGCAUUCCUUGAAGAUGCCAUGCUUGUCUCAUGUGGACACUCAUUUGGUGGUCUCUUGCUGAGGAGAGUCAUUGAAACAUCGAGAUGUACUGUCUGCAAUGCUGAUGUAGAGACAAGUUCUUUGAUCCCUAACCUUGCUCUUAGAGCUGCAGCUGUUGCUGUUAAGCAUGAGGAUGAUCGAAGGUUAUUUCGCAAUGCUGCUCUACGAAAGCGGCGGAAAGAAAUGGGUGACCAAAUCGAUCCAAUCAGAAGAGUGAAUAGGGAAAAUGGAGAUUUUACUGCUGCUGAUGGACUGCAAAGGGGAGUACAAUAUCCAUUUUCAGUAAAUGAGAAGGUUAUUAUUAAGGGUAACAGGAGAACACCAGAAAAAUUUGUUGGGAAAGAAGCUGUCAUUACGUCUCAGUGUCUUAAUGGCUGGUAUUUGCUCAAGAUUAUUGAAACUGGAGAGAAUGUCCGCUUGCAGUACCGUUCCCUUAGGAAGCUCUUAAACUCACCAGCUUUAGAGGACCAGUGUCCUACACAGCCAAUUCAAAAUAGCAGCUCCUAGAAUAUACCUAUUCUGGGUUUUCUUUCAAUUUUUGACUAAAAGAAAAAUGGAAACUACUGGAUCUUUAUCCCUUCAUAGUAAAGAAUUAACUUUUCUCUCUGCCCAGGAGAGAGAUAAAAGAAAAGAAAUUAACUUUUUUCAGUCUUGAUCUUUGAUUGUAAAGAAUACCGGCUCCUUACAGCGAGUAUGUGAUAGAGGUUUGUGUAACUUUUGAAUGUAUCAAGGAGAGGUUAUUUGUGUAGAUGGUAAUGCUAGGUCAUGUCAUAUUUAUUGUAAAGAACGCAGGCAAAGAUGGAUUAUUACAUAGCAUGUACAUUGUAGUUGGCAAUUACUGAAAUGGAUUAGAGUUUGUUGCUUUCAUA